UUCAUUAUAUGGAGAAAAAAAUAAUAAUUGAUGUAGAUAAAUAAAGUUGUACACUAGUCACAUUGUUCAUUGUAAUGAAUGAAUAAAUGUAUUCUGUACAUCUGUUAUGAAUGUUCAAUUUUUCAAAUACAAUUUAACUUAGUGUUGACAAUUAAACAACUAGAUACUACAUAUAUUAUAAUGAAUAAUUGUAUUGAAUCUAUGUAUACACAUAGAAUACGUGGUUGUAGUACAAUCACUCUAUGCAUUUAUCUAAUCUCCUAUUCGACCUUUAAUUGGAUUUCUGCUGUUCCAUUUCAUAAAAUGCAUUCAGAGAUUACAGUUAGUCUUCCAGACAUUUACUCAUCACAAAUUAUUAAAAACUCUAAUCAAUUAAAUAAUGAUAACACUUUAAAUUAUCAAAUUACUUUAAAUAAACACAAUAAACAAUUUAAUGUGAAUCAAAUAAAAUUAUUCAAUAUUUCAGGGAUAAAUAAAUUAAAAGAGUAUAAUUUACUGAACCGAAAACCUACAGAAACUUUACAUUUUCAAUCAGGUUCAUAUUUACAUAAAACUCCAUUAUUUAUAAAUUCUCAUGGAAAUUAUUUAACAGAAUUUGAUCAUUAUCCUAAUGUUUGGUUUCAACAAAGGAAACAUUUAAGAACUUCAAAAUAUCGUCCUGAUUUGUGGACUACUUUGGAUGUAGAAAAUUGUUAUGGAGUGAAACCAGCUCCAGACUUACUAUCUUCAGAAGAAAUUCACCAAUAUGAAAUGAAUUUAUUGCGCAUGCAUGACAGAACUCGUUUCUCUAGGCAGAUUCGAAGAAAAUAUGCAGCUUACAAUCAAAGAUUAUCCGGUUUAAGAAAAAAGUGGAUUCGAAAUAGAAACUUUUCAAAUCUUUUAAAGAACUAUAAAAGUCAACAGCAGCAACAACAACAACCAAUUUACCCUGUGAUACGUAAAACUCGUUCAAUACAAGAUGAUACAAUUGUAGAUCAAGAACCAAAACUAUCUGACAGUGUUAUUGUAAUAGCAAACAAUUCACAGGAUAAAGUUGAAUUGAAUCAGCAUGUAACAAGUAAUGCAGUUGCAGCGAUCACAGUUCAUAAAAUAGCUAUCCGUCCAUCUGUUUUAAUUUUAAAAGAUGGUAAUGUUCAUGCACGUAUACAUUAUGUUAUGCAAUUACAUAAAGAGUUAACUGAGCAAUAUCGUUUAAUUCUAGAAGUUCGAAUAAAUCCUGAAUUUCCACCAUUAUAUAUUGGCGUUAUUCAAAAUGUUUGUGAUUAUUGGCCAGCUAAUGUUCCUCAAUCAAAAUGUUCACUGAAAAGACCACGUUUUUAUCAAAAAAAUACAAUGUGUUUUUGUAAUAUGCCUCCAGGAAUUUAUAGACAAAGAGUGAAAUUGAAUCUUACUAAUAUACUUGAUGAACUUGAAUUACCACGAUUUUUGGUCAGUUUCUUAUUCACUGACAAGAAACUUGAUGUUCAUAUCACAGUCAAACUUGAAAUGGAGAAUAAAGAUCUUGUAGGUUGUAUGAAAUUAAAAUUGCCGUUACAAUUUAUAUCAACUUAAAGAAAGGAUAAAGAAAUAGAUGAACAAUUUUAGCCCAACUAUAUUCAGAGAUAUUCAAUACUAAAUAUCUCCAAUAGGAUAAUAAAAUGAAGUUGUGAGAAUCUAGCAUGCCCUAAAAUUAUCGAUUAAUUAAAAAGUUUAUUAAUCAUAAAAGUCUAUUGUAUUAUAAAGUAAUCCUCAGGUUGUUUAGUCAAGUAGUCAAGAAAAUGUAUUAAAUUUUAUUUGUUUGCAAUUUAUUUAUAUUUAUCUAUCAACAUCCUAAUGUAUCGAAUUAAUUUAAAUUGCCGCCCAAAG